UUCUCCACACGUGUUCAGUAAGAUAUUUGUAUGAAGGAGACGUUCAUCCAACACGGCAGCUCUGCUUCUCUGCCGCCCCCUUCCUCCUUCUUUCUGAAUCUCUUUCAAAGAAAAAAAAAAAACUUCUUAAAUUCCGCUACACAAGCAACAGCUCAAAACUUUGGGACUAACGCAAAAAAUAUAGAAUAUUAUACCUCAAAGUAGGUUUUGAUUUUUUUUUCUUGGGGGGACCUACUGUUAUCCUUGCUCCCUUAUCCUGUGGUCAAACCAUUUAAUUUUUUUCUCCCAACCAACAGCCGAUAUAUAUAUAUAUAUAUACACACAUAUACAUACUUUGUAGGUUUAAGUUUAUAUGCUGGGGUGUAUAUAUAUAUAUAUAAUUAUAUACACUCUUGUGUACGUGUAGAUAUACAUAUAUAUAUUAAUAUAUAGUAUUAGGAUUUUAUCCCUAAUAUUAUUAUCAAUAUACACAUAUAUAUCUGUACGUUUAUAUGUGAUACCCAAAUACUUCUACUGUUGCUAUAGGGCAUUAUAUUCUCAAAUUUGUGAAUCGGCAAAGAACAACGGAAAAUAUACUUCCUACGAAAGAAAGAAGAAAAAUAUAAUUCGAGGAACGUGGAGAAAGCGCUUUUUUCUUUUUUGGUCUUUUUCUUUCAUGAUACUUCAUUGUGGAAAUUCUACAUUGUAACUUAUCCUUGGAGAGAGCAAAACAAGAGUAACAACCAAUAUUUUCUUGCUGUGUGUAUAUAUAACACGAAAUUACAACCACAAGCAUACAAUAAUAUACACCAUUUUUAUAUAAUAUAUAUCAUAUAUAUAUAUAUAUAUAUAUAUAUGUAUAUAUUAUUUCCGUUGGAUUAAGUGAAAGAUUUGUUGAUUUAGGAGUGAAAGACAAAUCGGAGGAAAUACCGAAAUUCCUCAAAGGGGAAAACAAAAAAAAAUUCCUUUAAUAUAGAGGGGGAAUUAUCUUCUCCCCCUUUUCCUCUACACACAUACAUAUAUAUAUAUUUCUAUCAAUCGCUAAUUUUUUUUUGUUAUUCCAGUCUUUGCUGUCACAAGUACACAUACACACACACACACACACACGCAUACAUAUACCAAAUAACGAAUGUGGUUUAUUAAUUACCCCUAAACUAUAUAAAACAUUUACAUAUCUUACUGUUUAUCCUUUUUCUUUAAUUUUCAUUUCAUCUUUUUCAUGUCUAAACAUAAGUAAUUCCUUUCUUCCCUUUCAAAACCUUCUAUCCAAAACAUCUACCAAACAUUGCAUUAUCUAAUUGAAGAUAAAUUUAAAAAUUCAUAAAAAUGGGGACUGAAAAUAACAAAGAGGAUCGAAAUUCACCAGAGUAUUUAUCACAAUUGCUAAAGGAUAAAAAACAGUUACAGGCGUUUCCGAAUGUCUUUGUACACAUGGAAAGACUACUCGAAGAUGAGAUAGCACGGAUACGCUCCUCAUUGUUCCAUCACAAAGGAAACAGCAGGGAAUCUUUACCCUUACCUGCAUCAGAUGGUCAAGCAGUCACAUUAUCACAGAAACUUUAUGUACCUGUCAAAGAACACCCUGAUUUUAAUUUUGUUGGACGAAUAUUGGGCCCACGAGGGAUGACUGCUAAAGAACUUGAACAAUACACAGGCUGUAAAAUCAUGGUACGAGGGAAAGGAUCAAUGCGGGACAAAGUAAAGGAGGAGUUGAAUCGGGGAAAGCCAAACUGGGAACACUUGAACGAAGAGUUGCAUGUACUCAUCACUGUAGAAGACACACGUAACAGAGCAGAAAUCAAGUUACAGAAGGCUGUCGAAGAAGUGAAACGACUAUUGGUGCCAGCAGCUUCGAGGAAGGACAGUCAACUUGAUUCCAAACAUCCUGAGGGGGAGGAUGAACUCAAGAAAAUGCAAUUAAUGGAGCUUGCCAUCUUAAAUGGAACUUACCGGGAUUUCAAAACUGGUUCAUCCAUCCAUCAUAUGUCUGCCGAUGGAAGUGGCCUCAGCGGUUUGAAUAUCCCGACGAGUGCGGGCUGCCCCCUGGUUGUUGGCAACCAGCUCUCCUCCUUUGAUCAGGUGAUAGCUUCCAAAUUUUCGGAAGCUCCUCGAAUGUGUGCUCCUCCGUUGACCAUUCCACAGCUUCGUGCCGCUAACCCCAGCGGUGGUCAAAUCAUCCUAACACCUCGCCUACCUUCAGUUGCUACAAGCACAGGCAUACUAAAUGGUGCACCGCCACCCCUCGUUUCUCCGCCAGAUCCUAACCUGAUGUACAACCCUUAUGAAUACCCAUAUGCACUGGCAGCACACACUGCAAUUUUGGAAUAUCCAACCAUAGAUCAAACUCAAACUGGUCCUAUUCCUAAAAUCAGGAGAACACUCUCUGGUGUCAGAGAACACCCUUACAAUAGGGUGGCUCUCCCCUGAUCUUUCUCAAAAGCAGCUGGCAACUAACCCUAUCAUCCUGGUCACAAAGCCCUGAACCCCCUGUUCGUGUUGUAGACUUCAACAUUGCCGGGUGGGAUGUUACAGAAGGCGCAGGUGGGGCGUGUUGCGGCCGACAAGCAAAAAGCAAAAAAUUUUUCUAAAAAAAACAAAAAAAAAUAUUUAUAUAUAUAAAAAAAAACUUCUAUUAUUACUACUACUACUACUACUACUCCACCUCGCAGUGCACCAUGACUACCACUUCUACUAUUACCACCACCACUACUACUUCCACCACCACUACUACUACUACUACUGCUGCUACUACUACUACUACUACUAUUACUACUGGCAUCAAUUUAUCUACAGCUGUCCAUUUCCACUCCAUCCUUGUCAGUAUUACUGCCAGCUGUCUUGUGGCCAAAAUGGCAUAACUACCACCACCACCACCACCACUACUACUACUUCUACAACCAUCUUCAUCAUCUACACCAAGCACAGCAGUUGUCAAUGGAGAAAGCAGAGAUAAGAGAACCAACAGAAAAGGAACAACAGUUUAGUUGAAACAUAACGAAAACUUUAAAAAAUGCCUUUGGGGUAUUUAAAAAAAAAAAAAAACCAAAAGAGGAAAAAAAACCACAGCCAA